AACCGUCCGUGAUACGCACCGGGUUUCUGGUGACAAGAGGGUCGCUCAUUGCGGUAAACGAAAUUAAAAGAAUAGCGAUAAACAGUGACGACAGAAGAAGUUUCUUUCUCAGCUGACAUCGCCGCUGUUUACCUCACACCAGGAUACUAUUUUUUUUAAAGGCCUUUCUCCACACCAAAGAUGAAUUUUGAGCAGCCCCCUCCAUACACAAACAAUGCCCCCUCAGCUCCAGGCUACCCAGGCCAGGGGGUACCUCAGGGUUACCCUCCACCGGUGAACAUGGCACAGCCAAAUCCAGCUUACCCUAACUACCCUCCUGGACCAAUGGGACCUGGAGGUCCUUAUCCUGGCCCAGGACAGCCUCCUUAUCAAGGCUACCCUGGACAACCACAGUAUGGCUGGCAGGGGGGACCGCCUCCUGGGCCUAUGUAUGGGGAAGCUCCCAAAAACACAGUGUAUGUGGUGGAGGACAGGAGAAGAGACGACACAGGAGACACGUGUCUGACAGCCUGCUGGACAGCUCUGUGUUGCUGCUGUCUCUGGGACAUGCUCACAUAACGUAUUCCCCAACUGUUCACUCCUAUUACCCACUUGCCCCCUGUUUCUGUGCCUCGAAUCCCAUCGCUCUCUCCCCUGCCUCGCGCUCCCUUGAAACUACCCUUCUAUUUCCCCCUUGAUGUCUUUAGCUCGCCUAUAAUUAUAAUCUUCAAGCCCCCCGUCUUGAUGUGAAGCCCUCCACACUGACUGACAGACUGACCCUGUCUGGGGGCUACUCUGUAGCAGCUUGUAACUGAGCUUCUAUACAUAACCUGAAUCUCAGGCUGCUUAUAUAAUCUCACACACAACAUGCUCACACACACACGCACACACACCAAGGUAGAUACAUAACAACACUUACACACAUACAGUGUAUUUUGAUCUCAGGCACAACUUGUGUGAGGCUCUUUGGCACUUUAUGAUGAUUACCUCUGUAAGAUACAAUUCCUGCCUGCCCUUUCAAUCAUCUCUAACCCUCCCCCCUUCAGCUCUGCUACGUCCCAUUGCCAAGGACAACCCCUUAUCCUGCACACUCCAUGCCCCAAAGUCCAUGGAGACCCUGGCAGCCAAUGAGCCACAGGGUGCUCUUAGGAAGCUGAUGCUUGAAAUGUAACCCUUUCAAUUGCACAGAAGCUGUUUUUUGCCGACGUUUGUCCUUAAGUAAAAUCACAUGGCAGUGAUUCGUGUUUAAUUACUGUUAAUGUUUGAUGGCCUCGAUGUUUCAUUUUUUCAUGGCGAUCUUGAUAUAAAGAAUUAUUCCACUUUUAUUUUUAUUACAUAUUGUACCUUGCAGAUAAGACUGAAAAUAUGAACCAACAUAAAAGCAGUGAUUGCCUAACAGAAGAAACCAAAUGAUCUGUCAGAUGCCUUUUUUGCUUUGGAUGAUAUUCUUGCAGUAAAAUAAUUUAUUAUCCCAUGAAAUGGA